AUGAUACGUCGAAGAGAUCUCAUUCAUACUCUCAAGAUAAUGAAUGGUUUUGAUACCCUCGUAAAGGAGGAACAAUUUGAGGAGAAACAAGAGUCAAUAUCUGUAAACAAUGACAUGAAGCUUCUGUGCAAGUAUAUGCUGGUUAUUAGUAUCAAUGUAUAUGCUUUAUUAGUCAUCAAUUUGAAGAAGGUUUCAACCCACACGACUAUUGUUGUAAUAAGCGAUGAUCCAGUGUUCCUCGCCGGAGUUGUCAAGUGGUUUACUAAGGGUCGCCUGCUGGUGUGGUCAACGAGGUUCCUGGUUAUCACUCGCCUGUCUCUCUCGCAGCUCCAGCUUCACUACACUGUCUUCUCCAAGAUGAAUAUCAUGUUGAUCAUUAUCAACAAUAAUACAACGACCAUCAAAUGCAACAUGUACAUUCACGUGCCAUUCAGCUCCCAACAAACCCAGCCUCUGAGGGUUGCCUCCUGGACUCCACUUCAUGGUCUCCUCCUCACUUCUCACCAUUCGCUAUUCCCAGAAAAAUUCUCAAAAUUCGCUAACGGCCCUAAUUUGUUGGUAGCGUCGGAGGGGAACCCAUUUAGCAAGAUGAUAUUAACAAAUGAUCAUAAAUCUCCAGGGAGACAGAAAUUUGAUUUCACUGGACCAGUGCCAGAACUGGUGAGCUACCUCGCCAAGGCUCUUAACUUCUCUUACACUUAUGUUCGCCCCCCUGAUGGAUUCUUUGGAACGAGUCUUGGCAACGGUUCAUGGUCUGGCAUGGUGGGAAUGGUGAUGAGAGAGGAGGUUGUCAUUGCUUCUGGCCCAUUCAUUUUAAGUGAAGAUCGGGCAGAAGUAGUGGACUUCACUGUGGCAAUGAUGUUAGACUAUUGGAGGAUCAUGGGUGCUCGAGGACUCCCUGAGGUGGACCCUUGGAGCUUCGUAUUUCCCCUGGCGCCUCUGGUCUGGGCGGUCAUCCUGGCGAUGUUGAUGAUGCUUGCAGCCUCGUUGUUCCUGAUGCACUCGUCUUUCUGUCACAAGGUUACUGGUCAAGGCAACUGGUUAAAUGUCUCAUUCGAUUAUAUACGAAUUUUAUUACAGCAAGAUAUGACAAUGCCAACGUACUGGUGGUGGGAGCGGAUGAUGUUGGUCAUGUGGAUGAUGGUGACACUGGUGUUAACACGGAGCUACUCAGGAAACCUGAUGGCUCUCCUAGCAGUGAGACAUAUAUCAGAACCUUACCAGUCCCGCCGACAAGUGCUGGACGACCCUUCCGUCACUAUGAUUUGGUUAAAAGGGUCUGCUACUGGAACUUACUUGCAGUUAGCUGAGUCCGGCAUAUACCGAGAGAUUGCUGAUGCUGAGAAAAUUGGUCGACUCAUCUUCAAAACACACGCGGAAGUCCCAGAAAGCAUCAACACUUUAGUGAGAAGAGGAGACCAUGUUCUCAUCGACGUUGGUAAUGCCUUAGGAUCACACAUUUCAGAAGAAUUUACUAAAACAGGCAAGUGUUCAUUUUACUCUUCAAAAGAAGAGUUUUUGCCUCUGAUAUUUGGAAUGAUUGGACCGACAGACCAUCCGAUUAUCCCAGCAUUUAAUGAGAGAAUAAUGUCGAUGACAGAAGCUGGUCUGUUUUUCCACUGGAUGAAAGCGUCUGAGCCGAACUCCACUGUAUGUUAUCACUCACCCACCAAAAUCACUGUCAAGACGGCUCUCUCUCUGAGUAAUGUUUGGGGAAUGUUUGUUAUUCUCGUUGUUGGAAUUGCCAUCAGUUCACUAACAUUGUUUUUAGAGCUUAUGAUUAUCAAAAUUCAACUUGCAUGGAGGCAGAUAGAAUGUAUUAUGAUGAAUUUACCGGACAGUAAUGUCACUAUUACAGUGCUAUAUCACUGUUACACUGUUUAA